GCCUCGCCCACUUCCGGCCCGCAGCGCGCCGCUCUGGCCUCUCGUCUCGCUGGUGGCGGCGGCGGGAGGCGCCGCUCUGGCCUCUCGGUCCUCCCGGGCUCCGGUUGUGCCGGUGCCGCCGGUGCCGCCAUGUUGGUGACGGUGAAGGCGCUGCAGGGCCGCGAGUGCAGCAUCGAGGUGUCCCCAGAGGAGCAGGUCGAGGCGCUGAAGCUGUUGGUGGCCGAACGGCUGCAGGUGCCGGUGGAGCAGCAGCGGCUCCUGUACCGGGGGAAGGCGCUGGCUGACGGCCGCCGUCUCUCCGAGUACUCCAUCGGCCCCUCGGCCCGGCUCAACCUCGUGCUCAAGCCGCCGGGGGGCGGGGCCAGGGGGGGCGGGGGGGCGGGGCCUGAGACCCCCCCCACCCCCCCGGAGGACUUGGGGGUCCCCCCCCCUUGCCUCGCUUUUGGGGGGCCCCUCUCCCAGCUGCUGGGGCGGCACUUUGGGGUGCAGGAAGGGGCGCGGGUCCUGCAACAGCUGCAUAAGGACUAUGCGCAGUCCCUGCGCGGGCUCAGCCUGGACGACCUGGAGCGGCUGGGAACGAGGCUGCUGCAGCCCGAGGGCGGGGCCGACGCAGGCCCCGCCCCCUCCACAAGCCCCGCCCCUUCAACAAGCCCCGCCCUUUCACAGGCAACCACACCCCUCCCCUAGCGUGGCCACGCCCCCUACCCUUAGCCACGCCCCCUCCCUUACCCCAUUGGUCCAGCCCCCCCCCUCCGCAAGCCCCUCCCUUUGCCUGACCACGCCCCCUCCCUUUAAAGGGGCCGAACUCCAUUAAAAGCCCCAUUUUGGGA